UUAGGUUAAAUUACCAAACAAAAUCAAAAUGGGGCAGUUGGUGGUACUCCUCUUUAUGCACAAUGUACCACUCUAAAUGCAGAGGAAUCAGAAGAAAUUCAAGAAUGUAUCGUAGCGUAGGUAGUCCGCCCAUCAGCUUUGAACGAACAUUGCGAAUUAGAGGGAAAAACAACCCCUCAAGAUCAGAUUUCUCGGCGAGGACCUUUUUGUUCGUGUCAUUGCUCAGUUGAGCUAGUAAUGGCUAAUGAUGAUGAUUUCACUUUUUGUCAGGUUGGAGCACCUGAUAAUCAAGAUUAUGUGGAUACACAGAAGAUUGCUCAUGAUAUUAGUGAAAUUAGAAUAAAAGAUGAGCCCUCAAAUAAUGAUGGUACUAGUCAAAGUAAUGGUGCACCAUGGGAAGGUAAAUUGGGCAAUAUUACUACCUCAAAGAAGCAGGGAACAGUUGGUUCUUUGUCUUUCACUGUUAUAGACACAUCUCCAGGCAAGCAAGCAAGUAGAACUUCUGGUCAAGUGGCAUUAAAAGAUGGUGGAUUUUCAGUCCCAACUUAUCAGAAGGAAAUAAAACCUGCUAGGAAGCCUGUAGUUCGAGCCAAGGUCCCCUAUGAGAAGGGUUAUAGUCAGAUGGACUGGCUAAAGCUUACAAGAACACAUCCUGACCUUGCAGGAUUAAAUGGACAGUCCAACAGGAGACUUAUAUCAAUGGAUGAAGUUAAGGAACACCAAAAUGCAGAAGCAAUGUGGACUGUUCUUAAAGGGCAUGUCUACAAUAUAACACCAUACAUGAAGUUUCACCCAGGAGGGGUAGACAUGCUGAUGAAGGCCGUAGGAAAAGAUUGCACGGCAUUGUUUAACAAAUACCAUGCUUGGGUUAAUGCUGAAGUUCUAAUGGAGAAAUGUCUUGUGGGCAUUUUGGAUGACAGCAAAUAAAAGCUCCUUGUUUCAUUGAUCCCAGAAACAACUGUAUCAAGAAAAACAUUCUCACUACAAGAAGAUUGUCCUUAACAGAAAACAAGAUAUUUUGCUUCUUCUGAGGAAAAGCUUACAUGCUAUAGUAUAUUGGAGUAACUAUUUACAUACUCAAGGAUUUUGAAUUUUUUUAAAGCUGUAUGUCAAAGAAACUGUCUGAAUCUUAGACUAAUAAAACUUCAAGAAGCAGAAGCAUCCUCUGUUAUAUUCAUUA